UCUCUCUCUCCUCUCGGAGCGCCGCCGCUCGCUGGCGCCGCCGCCCCGCGCCACCUUCGCGCACCAGCAGACCGCCCUCACCGCCGGGAAUCGCCGCCUGGCUGCGCUGGGGAAGAAGAAGAGGACAAGCACCCUCGAUUGGCCGGCCGGGCCACCAGAAAGCGGGUGCGCAGCCACGCGCGCGAGCCGGGCGCGCGACACCUGCACGCAUUGGUGAUCACGGCGGCGGGCCGGGGCCUGGGGGGCGUCGCAGCCUGGUGCAGCUGCGACUGGGAGCGGCCGGGGCACGUGAGGGGAGCCGUCCCUGCCCGCGCGGUCGGCCGCUGGCCACGACCAACCCCAGUUGACGGGCAUGGAUCCACCUCCACGACGCCGACGUCACCGCGCUUCUCUCGCCGCCACCCUUCCUGGUGCGGACCCAUGCGCAGGGCGAGGGCGAUGCUGGGCGUGGCGCCGCCAUGGAGGGGGAUGCGGCCUUCUCGUGGGCACCCGUCAUACUCUGUACUGAUACAUCACUGUUCGGAACCUAGGUUCUUGUUCCCUGCAUUGGGCGGUCUCCUUUUCGGCUAUGACAUUGGUGCAACCUCUGGAGCAACAAUCUCUGUACAAUCUGCUGAUCUCAGUGGCACCACUUGGUUCAACCGGUCAUCUGUGCAACUAGGCCUUGUGGCAAGUGGUUCACUUUAUGGAGCUCUUGGUGGCUCUAUUCUCACACACCGCAUUGCAGAUUUUCUAGGAAGGAGAAUAGAAUUGGUCACCGCAGCUGCACUAUAUAUUCUUGGUGCUUUGGUCACUGGAUUUGCCCCUAAUUUUGUAGGUCUAAUCAUAGGUCGUAUCCUUUAUGGGAUUGGUAUUGGUUUGGCAAUGCAUGGUGCCCCACUUUAUAUUGCAGAGACUUCUCCUCCGCAGAUAUGUGGAACAUUGAUAUCUUUGAAGGAGCUGUUUAUUGCGUUAGGAAUACUGGUUGUCAUUUGAAAACCACAAACUGCAAAUGAAGGUUGCUACAACAUUAUAUUAAUGUGCAGUGAGGUGUCGUCUGUUGUACUACGAGAAAUGUAGCUGCACUUCAAUUAGUUUCGCCAGUCGACUUAAGGUGAUGAAUCUGUACUUAUCUAACACUCACUCACUAUGAGGUGAUGUUCUAAUACUAUGCUUGUAGCUAACAUUUUUUACCUAAUGUUCUCAAGUGGUACUGAUCAAGUGUAGCUACAUAUGUUGCUUGUCUGAUAAAAAAAAGUAGCAACCUGUUCAUAUAGAAUGUUUUUGAGAAUAGUCAAUAUUUUAGGUUGUAUAGAUACAGCUGCAAUGAAACCUUCUCAAUGAUACAUUCUUUGACCUAAGCUAGGUCAGGGUUGGGCACUUCAAAUAGAACUCUCAUUUGAUGUGCAUGUGUAUAUAUAAAAAGGUUUGAUGAAUCAGCACUAGCUUCCUGCGUUAACAUAUUCUGGCCAGUGGUGUGUAAGUCUUUGACACCUCUCAGAUACUGUUGUUGUUUUUCCCCUUACAUUAGAAAGCAUGCUAGGAUUUAGUACCUGAGAGGUGAAAGUAAGUUCUUUGACACCUCUCAGAUUCUGCGUUGCUUGGAUGUGAAAGUAAAUUGACUAUAUUCAAACUUGAUGUAUGAUGGAACUCUUGUUCCCGUUUUAACAUUGCGAACUUCGAUGGAUAGGAUCCUAAUGCUGGAUUGGCAGCUGUUGCAACCUGUUCUCAUGUUGAUGCUGGAGGAGUUUGAUUAAGCUUGAAAAUUCAUAAUAAUAGAAGCUAUGUUUUACAUCAUAUUGUUUUAUUUUUACAAAAUUUUGAUAUGAUAAGAACAAUGUUUUUAUUGGUAAUGCAAUCAAUGACCAUACAUCUUUGAAAAGUAGAAUAUGUGCUCUUAAAUGGAACCGGCUGCUUUUAUCGCCAAAACUUAUGAUUCAUAUGUUGGGAGAACUACGUCGAGGGGUGGGAAAGAAGGCAAAAUCAUAUGCUCAAGUUACUGAUGAAGAAGAAACUUAUGUUUUA